UCCGCCGCGCUCUCGCGAGAGCCGCGCCGCCAUCUCGGCCGUCAGCGAGCGGGACGAGCUGGGCUCCUCAGGGCCGCUCCUCACCCUGCCCUGCCCUGCUUUGUCCUCCUUUGUCCUGUCCUGCCUCGUCCUGCCAUGCUGUCCCGCCUCGUCCUGCGCGCCGCCCCCGCCGCGCUGAGGGCGCUGCCGCCGCCCGUGGCCGUGGGGGUGUUGCACGCCACAAGACCCCUGCACACAACUCAGCAGAGUUCAGCUCCUGUGCCCCCUCUGCCCGAGAAGGGAGGAGAAGUUCGUCAUGGUUUGAUCCCUGAGGAGUUUUUCCAGUUUCUCUACCCUAAAACAGGAGUGACAGGGCCGUACAUGCUGGGCACUGGCCUCCUGCUCUACCUGCUGUCCAAGGAGAUCUACGUGAUUAACCACGAGACAGCAGCAGCUGCCUGCAUACUGACAGUCAUCGUUUAUGCCAUCAAGAAGUUCGGGCCUGAUGUGGCAGCUUUUGCUGACAAACUGAACGAGGAGAAGGUGGCCACGGCCCAGGCCAUGAAGAACGAGGCCAUCCAGACGCUGCAGAAGGCCAUCGAGGACGAGAAGAAGGAGCAGUGGAGGGCAGAGGGCCGCAGCUACCUCUUCGAUGCCAAGAGGAACAACAUUGCAAUGCUGCUGGAAACCAACUACCGGGAGCGCUUGCUGACGGUGUACAACGAGGUGAAGAAGAGGCUGGACUACCAGGUGGCCAUGCAGAACCUGAAGCGGCAGAAGGAGCAGGACCACAUGAUCCAGUGGGUGGAGAGGAACGUGGUUCAGAGCAUCACACCUCAGCAGCAGAAGGAAAGCAUUGCCAAGUGCAUCCUGGACCUGAAGGCACUGUCCAAGAGUGCCCACGCAGCCGUGUGAGCAGUCUGAGCCCACUGACAUGCCCCAAUACCUCCUCUUGGAAACUGUAUGAGUCUAAAAUAAUCAUUAAACAGACAAAAAAAAACC